GGUACAGAUAUCAGAAUGAGGUCGCAAUCUCGGGCAUACCCUUCUGUUUAUUAUCGUCCUAACGAAGCUAUGGAUAUGACGCAGAACUCCCGAGGGGAGCAUCAACUCGGCAGCCCGCAUGCACACGCCAUAGACUUCGGCUUCAACGAGCGCCUUUCCGUAGAUAUCAAUGCCCGCAAUGUCAGCUACAUCGUCAACCCCAAGAAAAUGUCCAUACUACAGCGUCUGGGCGCGCUACAGUUACCAUGGGAAUGGAGUGAUGACGCUGUGCCCCAACAAGUGCUACAAAACGUCACCUUCUCCGUCAAGAGCGGCCAUAUUUUGGCUAUUCUUGGAACUUCCGGAAGCGGAAAGACAAGCCUCUUGGACGUUCUGGCAGGCCGGAACGAUGGCGGAAGCGUGGAGGGGGAGAUGUUUCUGAAUGGCGUGCCGUGGACGCGCCAAAUGGUGCGGUCAUGUUCCGCUUACGUCAGACAGGACGAUCGUCUGCUGGCUCACCUCACGGUCAAAGAAACGCUUAUGUUUGUCGCACAGCUGAAACUUCCGGCAUCCGUCUCCAAGGAGGACAUCGAGCACAGGGUGGAUGGGGUAAUCUCAGAACUUGGUCUAAGGCAUGUGUGGGAUACAAAGAUCGGAAACGAAGAAAGCCGAGGUGUUUCCGGAGGGGAAAGGCGGAGAGUCAGCAUCGGAAUACAAAUGCUUUUAGAUCCGAGUAUCCUUUUUCUGGAUGAGCCGACCUCUGGUCUCGAUUCGUUCACGGCCCACAGUUUGGUGGAGACUUUAUCGAAGAUGGCCCAAAACACGAGAACAGUCCUGAUGUCAAUCCAUCAGCCGAGGUCUGACAUCUUUGAACUGUUCGACUUGGUGAUGAUCCUGUCACGUGGGAGAAUGGUGUAUUUCGGGAAGGCGGCGGACAUGGUUCCAUACUUCACUUCCAUUGGUCAUCCUUGUCCCCAACUGACCAAUCCCUGUGACUAUUAUGUUGAUUUGGGAACAGUCGACCCCACCUCAGAAGAGACGGAAAGGGAGACGAAACAGAUUGUGAACAAGUUAAUCAGUAACUAUGAGAGUACGGUUUCCCAGACUCCCCAGGAACCAGAGGAACUCUCUAACCUCAGUUUCCCCGUCAUGUCGACACUGGACAUCGUGGACAGGUCACCGGGACCAUUCCGACAGUUCGCUGUCCUGUUUGGGCGUUGUACACGUAACCAGAUCGAGGACUACAUGCUUGUCUUGGCCCAGUUCAUACAGGCGCUGUCUAUGUCGGUGGUGGUAGGGCUGAUCUACCUUCAUCUGGAGAAAGGACAGAACACGAUCAGGGACUGGUUUGGCCUCAUGUACAUCAUAGGCGCCAUGUAUCCGUAUCUCGUCAUAUUAGACCUCAUCGCUGUCUAUCAUAAGGAACGGAAACACUUGUACUACGAACUACAAGACGGACUUUACGGUACAACAGCGUAUUACUUUGCCAAGGUUUUGAGUGAAUUUCCAUUACACACGUUCUUUGUUGUGACGUAUACGAUUCCCGUGUACUUCUUGGUGGGGUUUUCGCUUGACGUGUGGGUGUUUUUCAGAGUGUUCGCUUUGAAUUACUUGAUGGUCUAUUGCAGCCGAUCUCUGGCCAUGCUGUCCUCUAGUCUAACGCCAACGUUCACGAUGUCUUGUUUCGUUGCGCAGACAUUCUUUUCAAUGUACCUCAUGUCUGCUGGAUUUUUCAUAAAUCUUGAAAAUAUAUUUGAAGGUCUACAGUGGGUGUCAAAAGUAUCCUACCUAAAGUGGGGUUUCCAAGGAUUGUGUCAGACAGAGAUAUCUAGACUGAACUUUACAUGUAACCUGAAUGACACUCGUCAGUGCAUCAGUACCGGAAAUCAAGCACUGCAUCUCUACUCGCUAGACGGCAGCACUGUCUCCGACUCGUGUCUCGUGAUUUUAGCCUCCAUUGCAGUUUAUUUGGUGCUAUAUUUCAUAGCAUUGAAGUUUAUACCACAGAAACCUCAUCAAGUUUGAUUAAUUUAUUUUUUACAAACUUAUUAUUGUUAAAGAUCAAAAGAAGCGUAACUGUGAGUGCCUUUUGUCAAAAAAGGUUUUAAUUUAUUGCAUACUCAGCGGGAUUGUCCGAUUAUUUUAUAUGCUGUACUUAAACACUGGACUCUAGUCAUUGAACCAUUUUGGUAGUCUGUUUGUACAUGCAUAUAAGUAUUGGUAUUUUUGAAUCAUAUUGAUGUCAAAAAGGUUUUACAAAAAUGUAUUCCCCUGUCUGCAAGUUGU